UCUGAUCGUCAAUCAGACCUCUCACAUAGCUCCAGAGAUCCAGACCUAGGCAGCCAGACUUCUCUUUCUACCACUCCGGACACAACCUUUGGUCAUGGGAAGGAUCGGAAAGGAGGUGUUUGGCCAGGUGCUCAGCUUCAUCGGCUUCGUGGGGGUGGCAGUGACCACGGGUAUCCCCAUGUGGAGGGUAACCACUUACAUCGGUGCCAACAUCGUAACAGGACAGAUUGUGUGGGAUGGCCUGUGGAUGAACUGCGUGAUGCAGAGCACGGGACAGAUGCAGUGCAAGAUAAACGACUCAGUGAUGAGGCUAGCGACAGACCUUCAGGCAGCGAGGGCCCUGGUCAUCAUCUCCAUCAUCUUCAUCUUUGUCGGCCUGAUUGUCACCUUCAUCGGGGGCCAGUGCACCAGCACCCUGAAGUCUGAAUCCUCCAAGAGUAAAGUGACGAUCCUAGGAGGCAUCCUGCUGCUCAUUGGUGCUCUUCUGGUCCUCAUCCCUGUCUGCUGGUCGGCAGCGUUCACCAUCUCAGACUUUAAUAACCCUCUGACCAUCGAGACCCAGAGGAGGGAGAUAGGAGCCUCCAUCUACAUCGGCUGGGGCUCCACAGCGCUUCUCCUCAUUGGAGGGAUCAUCCUCUGCACCUCAUGCCCGCCCCAGAAGAUGUAUGGGUACCCAGGCUAUCCUCAAGGAGCACCCAUGUACCCCUAUCCAGGCCAACCAAUGGUCCAGGCAGGGCCCUAUGGGAGAGUUUACACCCCAGCCAGCAGACCCUACUCAGGGACAGGUUCGUAUGCACCAAGCAAGCCAUAUGCAGCACCAAUAGGAUACGCUGUACCUGGACGGCCUGGACAGUAUCUGUAACAAAGUGAAAUGGAAAGCGGGAAAGUCUCCCUGAAUAUUGACUGGUAUUCUGGACCUUGAUGUUUUCAAGCUAUUGUUUUGGCUAGAUUUGCCUCUGAGUUUAAUUGCACCACCAAAAUGUACUUAUAUCAUGUACUUUUGUCCACAUUGAUAUGUAGAUAUUGUUAUUGAUGAGAAUAACAUGCAAUUUAUAGACAUGAAAAUGAUUGUGUGAAUGAUAUUCAUUAUGUUUAUGAUUGUUUGCACUUUCACACAAGGAAGAAUUUGUUCUUUCAAAUGUUGACAAUGUAAAUACUUAUGUCUUGACUACUAUACCAGUAUGCAAACGUUACAACAAAUAGUUUGAUAAUGAGAAUGGAUGUAGCGUAAAUUUUAAUUUUAGCAGCAACCUGUGUUCUCCCAUUGUGCAACCGAUACUGUUGUCUUGUAAAUAGCUGGCUGGUCUAUGACUUGUGAUGUAUCUGUACACAGAAAACAACCCAUUUUUCUGUAAAUAUGUAGUGCCUAUAUUUACCAAAUAUAAACACACACGUUAUUAUAUAAAACAAUGUGUAGGCUUA